AACUCAGAGGUGAGCACCUAUGUGCUAUUUCCUGUCUGUCAGACAGUCGAGCCCACCAGGCUUCACGGCCCCACCAGCUGUCUCCUCGGUCCAGGUCCAACAUCAGAGCAUGAGUGAAGCGAGAUCAGAAGUGUCGCCCUCCAGUCCCACCUCACCGGCUCUGGUCCAGUUCCAGCUGGGCCUGUUCAGGGAGAUGGUCCAAGUCUCCCCUGGGAAUCUGAGCUACCGCCACGCUCGGAGGCUAGCAGCUGAGGUCAUAGAGCGAAAGGCUCCGGACUGCAGCCUGCUCGGUCCUGGUGAGAAGAUCUUAUUGUUCAGACACCAACCCGCCACUGAGCAGCUGCUGCAGAGACUGACCGACCAGGACCAGCUGCAGGAUGGGGACCUCAUCGAGGUCAUUGUCGCAGGAUCAGCCUCCGUGGCCGAGGUGAGGAUGCGCCCCCACUCCCUGGUGGUCCAGUCCUACCGGACCCCCACCUUCUGCCACCACUGUGGUGAGAUGCUGUGGGGUCUGGUGAGACAGGGCUUGAAAUGUGAUGGUUGUGGACUAGACUUCCAUAAACGCUGUGCUUUCCUGCUGCCCAACGACUGCAGUCGAGCACGGCGGCAGGUCAGCACCAGCGUCUCCCUGUUCCCGCCACGGAGACCUCGAACGCACUCGUUAUCUAGUCAGACAGGAGGCAGUCUGGAGGAGAUCAGCUUGUCCAAGCCGUUGUCCAGACCUCCGUCGUGGAACGAGCCUCCCAUCUGGCUGGGAGUCGGGUGUGGGGACAGGAGCAGACCUCAGGUCCCCCACACCUUCCACAUCCACAGCUACACCAAACCCACAGUGUGCCAGUACUGCCAACGGCUGCUCAAAGGGCUCUUCAGACAGGGGUUGCAGUGCUCGGACUGCAGGUUUAACUGCCAUCGGCGCUGUCAGCCGCUAGUCUCCAGAGACUGUCCAGGAGAGAAGAGGAACGUUAACGGAGACGAAUCCUCAGUGUCUGCCCACAGCUGCCCGCCUAGCAGUGAGGACAACGAUUCGGAGCUGACCAACAUGAUGCAGGACGUGUCGGAUGAUGAGAUGUCUACAGAUUGUGACCUGGUGGCUGAGACUGGUGAGGUGGAACCACUGAGGGCGCCGAUGAGUCCCUGCUUCAGCAGCAACAUUCCCCUGAUGAGGCUCGUCCAGUCGGCCUAUCACACUAAGAGGAGACCAGGGGGGGUUCUGAGAGAGGGGUGGCUGCUGCACCACACCAACACAGACACACUGAGAAAACGGCAUUACUGGAUCCUGGACGGUAAGAGCAUCACUCUGUACCAGAACGAGAGCAGCACCAAGUACUACAAGGAGAUCUCACUCUCCGAGGUGCUGCAGGUCCGAGGCUCCUCCCACUUCUCCGCUUCCUCGUUGCCAUGCAAGAGUGACGUUCACUCCUUUGAGCUGGUGAUGGCCUCGCUGGUGUUUAGCGUGCAUGCCGGUGCUGAUGGAGUGGCGUGGGAGAGCGCCAUCCGCCAGGCUCUGAGGCCCGUUCAAAGCAGCAGAGAACCUGGAGAAGAGCAUUGGGAUGAGGAGCAGCAGAUAAACGGUGGGGACAUCAGCUCCGCGUACCAGAUCUUUACAGACGAGGUUCUGGGUUCAGGACAGUUCGGAGUUGUCUACAAGGGUACUCACAGGACGUCAGGUCGAUCGGUAGCCAUCAAGGUCAUCGAUAAGACGCGUUUCCCCACCAAACAGGAGAGACAGCUGAGGAACGAAGGGGCCAUCCUACAGAAUCUGUCCCACCCUGGUGUGGUCCUACUGGAGGGAAUGUUUGAAACAUCCAGGCACAUCUUCGUCGUCAUGGAGAAGGUCCAUGGAGACAUGCUGGAGAUGAUUAUGUCCAGCGAGAAAGGCCGUCUCCCUGAACGCAUCACUCGUUUCCUGGUCAUACAGAUACUUGAAGCGCUGCGGUAUCUCCACCUGAAGCACAUUGCUCACUGCGACCUGAAGCCAGAGAACGUCCUGCUGGCCUCUCCUGACCCCUUCCCUCAGGUCAAGUUGUGCGACUUUGGCUUCGCCCGCAUCAUUGGCGAGAAGUCGUUUCGCCGCUCGGUGGUGGGCACGCCGGCCUACCUGGCACCUGAGGUGAUCAGCAGCAAUGGCUACAACCGCUCCCUGGACAUGUGGUCAGUGGGCGUGGUCAUGUACGUCAGCCUGAGCGGCACCUUCCCCUUCAACGAGGACGAAGACAUCCGGCAGCAGAUCACUAACGCUGCCUUCCUGUACCCCCGACAGCCCUGGGCCUCUGUGUCACUGAAAGCGGUGAGCCUGAUCAACAACCUGCUGCAGGUGUCUAUGAAACGCAGAUUCACCGUGGGCAAAGCUCUGGGACACUCCUGGCUGCAGGACUUUCAGCUGUGGUGUGACCUCCGAGAGUUUGAGCUAAGGAUAGGCUGCAGGUAUCUGACGCACCAAGGAGACGAGGAUCACUGGAUGCGCUACGCUCAGGAAAAAGGGCUGGUCUUCCCCUUUUAUCCCUGCUGGGAUCCUGACAAGGAACUGGGCCUGUGAUGUCAUCACAGAGGAAGUAUGUCACAGCCUUUACUUUGUUUUUUAUUAGACUGAUAGUAUGGCACAGCAGAGAGAGAGGGAGAAAAAAAAGACUUUUAUACAAAGGGAAAUUUGCAAAAGAUACUAAACAAAUUGCAUUUCUUGCAGAAAUGCUGUUUGAGUGCUGAUAGCUGAAAAUGACGUCUAAAUCUGGACCAAGUUCACUCAUUUUUUUCAACACGUUUGUAGUGGUCUCUAGUAUAAAUGAAUGCCUCGUGAGUCUGUAGGAUUAAAGCUCUGGCACUCCUGUUUCAGAAGGUAGAAGUGAGCCAAAGGAGAGGUGAGUGGCAGGUUUUGGACUCUCAUUUCCUGAUAUUUGGAUAUCUCACCUCUGAUUGGUUAACAGCAACUCAACUCACUGACUCAGUUCAUUGUACAACGUUGAUGUUUUAUCGCUACAAAUAGCACAAGUCUCAAGGAGUUCUGUUGUGUGGUGGAGUUGCUAAUGCUAACAGUUAGCUUCUACUACCCAAGACACGCUCUGCUGUUUCCUGAAAGCUAAACCAACAUCUGCCUUCCCCAUUGUGAGCCAAGAUGGGCUGGUCCAUGAACGUUAAUUUUCAGUGUGGCUUUUCUAACCCGAGCGUUUCCCCAUCUAUUUUCUAUCACCAGCUAAAGCAGGAAAUAGGGGUAGAAGACUAUUGUUGAACCUGACAUCAAAGUGACUGAUAGUAUUUUAAAAAUAACACGUAAAAAACAUUUUCUCAGUGAACCUGCUUUAAGAACUGAAGUGAAGCUGAAAUUGAGCCAAAAUGUCAAAAUUCGCAGAAUGUUUUUAAAAUUUUAAAGUGAGAUAAUGAUUUAUUUUUCCUUUCUGCCUUUGCUUCGCCCACUUGGUUACUAUGGUUUUGAUGCACGUUUGCUGAUGCAUUUAAACGAGUUGAAGACGUUCACACGUAUUACACGGUGCUAAAAAUCACAGAGAAUGUUGAAUCUCUUAAAAGGUAUAAAAUACGUCAGUGCCAGAGUAUAUAGUCUUCAAGUUCUGAAGGAGUUGAACAUUUUGAUACCAUCUUUGGUGUGUUCUUGCUGUGUUGAAAUUCUAAUUCCAUCUUUUAUUUCUUUUUAAAACACAGAAAAGUUUUAUUUACCUGCAACAUUUCGUUUGCGGUUGCAAACUUCGUCAGACUGACGAAACUAAAUGUUGCAGGUAAAUAAAACUUUUCUGUGUUUUAAAAAGAAAUAAAAGAUGGAAUUUUGAUACCAAAUUUGCUGAGAUAGCUGAAAACUGUCAAACAAGAAGGAAAAACCCCGUUUAUUACCAAAGAGAAUCAGGAAUACUUUAGUUUUAAUGCUUACGCAUUAAAGCAAUCAGAAAAUGUGUUCUGAAAAUUCUAAUUCCAACAAACUAUUUUUAUAAAUGUAAAGAAUUUGUGACUUUUGUUUUAAUCUAUUACAUUAUGUUUUUAUGUAUAUGCUGUACAAGAAGUGUAAAAAGAACGGGAUUCAAAAGAAAUGUUUGAACUGCUACUGUUGGCUCAUUAAGAUCACCAUGGUAACCUGAGAAAAAAGCU